GCCAGCACGUUUUCCCGCCCAAGCUUCACAACUCAGAACUCCCAAUCUCUCUCUCUCUCUGUCUCUCCUUCUCUCCUAUCUCUUCGAGAUUACCGGAACUUCUCCUGCAUCGGCAGACCACUACGAUUCGUUUCCGUUCCGAUCAGUCGGAUCGACUAGGGUUUCAUAUCUCCGCCAAGCGGCUGAGACUCACAGGCAUCUCCUCAAAUGAAGCUGAAGCUCAACAGAGCGUGUGAUCUCAGCUCCAUUUCCGUCCUUCCUCCGCAUUCAAGCUGUGGAAUGUUGAGAGGUUUCCUCGAUCGCCGCCGUCCGUCUUCUGUUUUGCUCCUUCCUUGUGUCGUCUUAUCACGUGCUGAUGCAAUUUUUUGCCGUCGCGUUGAUGAUAUGAAGGAGAAUGAGCGGAAUUCAACCUGGAUCACAGCCAUCGCAGCUUAGGUCGCAGCCUUCGCAACAAUCGUUUCCACAUGGAUUUUCAUCGCAGCAUGGCGUCUUCUCUCAGCUAUCUCAGAAUUCCCUGGAUGAAGCUUUCACCAUCGAUCAGAGACUUAAUUCGCAAGAGGAGGACAACCGUGUGAAGAAGGCUUCGUCACUCCCUCCAACAAGACGUAAUUCACAAGAGCAGGAUAACCGUGUGAAGAAGGCAUCGUCACUCCUUCCAACUAGCGAUGUGCACGAAGAGAGUCAGUUUCCAAUCACGAGAUCUUCUGGCAAUCUAAUGAGAAAAUGGAGUCAUGGCUCCGAGGCAGAAUCCAAAUGCCAUAUGAGCCAAGAGCUUGAGCGCCGCCUUGGAACUAUGGAGAACUCCUUAAGCAAAGUUGGCAUGAUGUUGGAUUCUGUACAAAGUGAUAUUAUGCAAUUAAACAAAGGGACAAAAGAAGUGCUGCUGGAGAUGGAAGGGAUACGGCAGAAGUUACUUGCCCGUGACACUUCACUGCUGACAAUGGUAACAGAACUUACGAACAAGGGACUUGGAGAUGUCAAAUCUACUUUGGAUGGGAGCUUGAAAUCUAUGUCUGAGAAACUCGAAAAGGAUGCAUGGCAGAACAGAAUUGAUGAGAUAUUCUUUCUUUUAUCUGCCUUACCUGGACAAAUGGCGGACUCUCAACUGAAACUACAAGAUCAGCUUCGUGCAACUUGCAGGCAGGAAUUUCAGGCAAUGAUCUGCAGCCUGAGGACACCAAACCUGGAAAAUCCAUGCCUUGCUUUGCUUCCACCAAAGGAUGCUGGCACUCCUUCCCCUCUGCAAAGAAAGCCAGGGACAGUCGAGAUUCAAGGCGUGGCCCCCAAGGUUUCUGCUCAAGCAACUGAUUUUCCAGGGGAGGAAGCCCUAGGAUGGAAAUCCAUUAAGAAGGGAGGAAAUACAAAAUCAAGGGGAAGACGGCAAGAGGAGCAGAAGCAUCAACUUGUUUCUUACAAUGAACCAGCAUCCAGGAAGCAGGAAAGAAAUGACAGAAUCAGCAUUGAUUCAGAUGAGGAGAUUGAUGGAGGGCUGUCCUGCCUAAUCGACCCAAAGGAACCAGGCACUGGAGACUAUAUGAUGGACGAAGCAAAGGAAGAGACAGAACGAAUACUGAGGAGAGCAAGAAGGAGAAAGAGGAAAUCAUGUGCUCCUAUCCUUAUAGACUGAUGGAUAUGCUGAUAUUGGUACACCCCUGGCUCUUUGCUGUUUCUGCCUAGUGCCUACUCUUCAGAUAACGGUAACUGUAAGAUAGAUUGAGGAGUUGUUCAGUUGUCUACUAGGGGAUUCGGAGCAAAUGUGCUGGCCACCAUAUAUACACAUAUUCUGUUGGACAGUAAGAGUUGUAACUUGUAUAUGCUACUCAAACUCAUCUUAAGGGUCUAUCUAGUACCUUAAUUUUUAUUUUCUUACAUUUAUGGGUUUAUUAACUAGCUACUUCACUUCAGUUCAAUAUUGGAGUAAGUUGGUCCAACUCCAAUAGAUUUAGAACCAUUUUGGGAAGGGGAACAAUUUUUUUGUUCUGUGAUCGGUGUAGCAACUAAAUUAGUCCGAGUUAAGUUUACCACGUGAGAUUUUACAUACGAUAUGAG